AUGGGGCCUGCGUUGGUUGCAGCGGAUGUGACUGCAGAGGAGGGUGACGUCACCCGAUGGCGAGUCACGUACCGUGUGUGGGACACUGGUAACUACAGCGUCCUGGUCCAAUCAGAGUGCGACACCUUGGACUUCGCUCCCGAUUACUUGGAGCGAGUCAAAAGCACGGGAUCACAUGUCAUGGGCCAGUGGGUCCUCACCGUCCUCCCGUCCACCGAACCAGCUACCGAACCAGCUGCUGCGGCUGAAUCCCAUCCCAGCAGCAAAAUCCCUCAGGAUGCAACAGACGGUCCAGAUUCGCCCUGUGACCAUUCCAUCCACGGCCGGUGGCUGUUCACCCCACAACAAAAAGCCUACACGUGGCAACUCUACCCCUGCGCUCAACCCCUCCCCCCCACCUCCCAAUGGGUCUCCGCCCUUCAAUCCCGGGGUAUUUCCGAGAUCAACUUUGUCGGAGACUCCCACUUGCGAUUCCUCUUCCACCAUCUCUACUUCCUCCUCACUGGCAAGGCCAAUGCAUCCACUGUGAAGCUCCACGGAGACAUCCGAUUGGUCGUGCCGCCCCCUAGCCCGGAGCUGCAGCCCCUGAAGCUGAAUUUCUAUUGGAUUGGAGGGAUCUACGUCGACGGGCCUUUUGGCUGCGUCAAAAAGGAAAGCCGCAUCACGUCACUGGACAGGCUCAAGUUCCCAGCCAUUUCCACCACAGCUGAUAAUGGAACUGGCCUGGCAGAAGCGGUGGCAGCAGGACCAGCAGCAGCAGGAGGAACAACAGCAGCAGCAGCAGCAGCAGCAGCAGCAGGAACAGCAGCAGCCACCGCAGCAGCAACGGAGAUUGCAGGAGCAGCGGAACUGGAGGGUGCAGGAGCAGCAGCCCCCGGGGAAGGUUGA